CGCUCUCUUUUCUGCACCUCUGCGGUGUUCUCAAAAAACCCCCCAAGGUUCACCUCUCUCUGGCACGUGAUUUUUCCUGUCAAGCAAACUGAAAAAAGCAAAGAAAACGCAGCUUCCCCAAUGUCUCAUUGAGAUUCUGAUAGCGACCCAUCCUUUUCCCACUUCAAUCGGUUCACUCCACUAUACUCAUGGUGGUGCUCUACGCAAAUCGGAGACUACUGCUCAAGGAAAAACAGAGGAGGAACCUCCAUUUUCCAUCUCUAUUUUAUGGCGUCCCUCACUCCAGGGCUGCUAUCCAAGCUCCUCGAAAAUGCAGGCAACAAGGAUGUGAGGGUGACCGGAGAACACCGCUCUGUCCUCCUCCAGGUGGUUGAGAUCUUGCCUUCUCUCGCUGGACCCGACGAUCCCUGGCAGAGCAGAGGUUUCUUCUUGAAGGUUUCUGACUCUCUGCAUUCCGCUUAUGUGUCCAUACAAGACGAGGACAUGGAUUUGAUAUAUAGCGACAAGAUUCAACUGGGCCAGUUUGUUUACGUUUCUAGACUGGAUUCGGCUUCGCCGGUUCCAGUGCUUCGAGGGUUGAAGCCCGUUCCCAAGAGGCGACCUUGUGUUGGAAAUCCCAAGGAUUUGGUAUCCAGUGAUCUGUUGCCUAUUAGAGCAAGUGUGACUUUCAGCAAGGAGAAGAAAGGAUCCAAGACUGCUGGGUUGACAAAGAAGAGAGCUGCUGAUUCUAAGGCCAGGAGAAGGGAUUCCCUCGGUAAUGCGACCAAGGUGGAAGGGUUAGAGCUAAGGAGAUUGAGUUUAGACUCGGCCAGGAGGAUCUGGAAUCAAACUCCAUCGCCCAAAUCUUCUUCUACCCCUAGUAUGACUUUAAAAUCGUCCAAGAAUUUUCAAUCUGAGAAGAAAACUGCUCCUAAGAACAACUUAUCACUGAAGGGCCCAACUUUAAGUAUUUCACCAUUGAAAAGCAAAAAUGAAGCAUCAUUACCUGAAGCCACUACAAGGCCUUGGAAGAAAGAAUUAAAGUCUAUAACUGACCACGCAAUUCCGAGCUGUCUCGUGAAGUUGCCUCUUAGUACCAAAGCUUUGUCUGAACAAAGGAUUUCGUGGGAUGCGGUACCUUCUGUCAUUCACAAUCUUGGAAAGGAAACUGUGCAUCACAGAAACGUUGCAUUUUUUGCUGCUGUAAGUGCACUGGAGGAGGCAUCGGCUGCUGAAAAUGUCAUUCUUUGCAUGCAAGCAUUUGCAGAACUGUGCAAGUCUUCGCAGAAUAUGUCUUCGGGACCACUAGUGGAGAAGUAUCUUGACCUCCACCAGAAUAUGCAGAAAGCAGCAAAGGUGAUAAAUUCCUUAACAAAUGAUAGCCUUUCAGAGGCAAUGUCAAGCUUUUAUGAUGGCCAACAAUGUUUAUUGCCUAGCACAAGGAAAACUAAAAUGAAUAAGAAUGCUGUUUCCUGGGUUCACGCUGCCUUAGAGACCAACCUUUCCAAAUUCAUUUUGCUCAAGGAGCCAGAGAAGAGUGAGAUGGUGAAUAGUGAUAAAUGUCAUUAUGUCAUCCUAGGAAGCAUCCCAGAGGAAUUGCAGUCUGAGAAUCAAUUGCCUCAAAUCAGAGGAAGACCUGGAAACUAUGGCAAAUUAUCAGAAGCAAGCCCUAUGCGAGUACCAUCUUCACCGAGCCUUCUUUCAGCUGAGAAGAAAAUGGACCCAAAAAAGGAUGAUUGUCCUAAAAGAAGUGUGUUAAAGGAAACAGCAAGUUUAGCAGAAAAGCUGCUCUUGCAUUCUCGUGAAUGGUUCUUCAAGUAUAUGGAGGAUUCAUUGAACAAUGGAUUUCAGUUUUGCAGAGGUGGAGAUUCUGAAAUUGCCUAUCUUCUAAGGCAACUUAAAAGGGUAAAUCAGUGGCUGGAUGACUGGGGCAGUUGGGGAGUUAAGGUUGAUAGGAGGAUAGAAGACUUGAGGAAGAAAUUAUAUGGUUUUCUACUGGAGCACGUUGAUAUAGCUGUUGCUUCUGAUAAGUAAGUCAUAUGAGAUGAGAACUAACUUAACUCAUACUGUGAAGCUAAUUGGGUUUCAAGUCACAGGCAUUGGUAUAUGGUUAGCUGGUUAAGACACGCUGCAUUCGUCUUCUGAUUGCUAGACGUUGUUCAAAUGAAUCUUCUCUAACAUCUCCAACUUUUUAAUUGUCUUUGAACUAGGAAAGCUGAUAGCCAGAAGUGUGGCAUCUGCUUAAACUUGUAGAAUCUUGUUUCUCCAAUGGUUUAUAUUUAAAAAUGUAGUUGGUGUGCUGACGAAAUCAGGAUAGUAGAGGUUCCUCCUUUUUAGCAAAACAUAUUUCAGUUUCAGCUUUUACUUGUCCAUGAUAUAUAGUUAGUGAGUG